GGCGACGAGAACAGACCGCACAAGGGAAUAGACAGAGGCGCGUGUGGAAAGAGGCGGCAAUUAGCGUUAAAGACGGACAAUUGUCGCUGGAAAAGUGCAGAGAGGUUGAGCCACAGGAACCCCACAUGCAGAGACGCUUAUCAUCAGGCGGUUAUUAUGAAAGGCAACCAUUAUAAGAUGUCUCGUAACAAAGACAAAUACGACAGCGCUAAUCGAAGGCAGCAGAUCUUUCUUUCCCAAGAGGAUAUUGCCGCUGGCAAAAAGACAAACUGGAGCGGCCUCGAAAUAACUGGCUGCGUGCGGAACAUCAGCCCCUCGCUGUGGGAGUUCGAGCAUUUGACCGCCCUCUACCUGAACGACAAUCAGCUGCUGCGUCUCCCCGCCGACGUGGGCAUGCUGACCAGUCUCCGCACACUGGAUCUCUCCAGCAAUAAGCUGCGAAGUCUCCCCGCCGAGCUUGGAGAGUUAAUACAGCUGAGGGAACUGCUGCUGAACAACAACUUUCUGCGCGUGCUGCCGUACGAGAUUGGCAAGCUCUUCCAUCUGGUCAUACUCGGCCUGAUGGGCAAUCCGCUGCAAAAGGAGUUUAUGAACAUCUACAACGAGCCGAAUGGCACGUCCAAACUGCUCACCUACAUGCUGGACAACUUGUCAUUUACCGUGAAUCCACCACCCCAGAGGCCGUGGCUGCCCCUGGCCAAGCCGAACAAAACGCGUCCAGCCUGCAUUUUCACGGUUAUGUGCUACAAUGUGCUCUGCGAUAAAUAUGCGACACGGCAAAUGUACGGCUACUGUCCAUCGUGGGCCCUGUGCUGGGAUUAUCGAAAAAAGUCAAUCAUCGACGAGAUCCGUCACUAUUCGGCGGAUAUUAUAAGCCUGCAGGAGAUAGAAACGGAGCAGUUCUAUCACUUCUUUUUGCCAGAGCUCAAGAACGAUGGCUACGAGGGCAUAUUCUCGCCCAAGUCGCGUGCCAAGACAAUGUCCGAGGUGGAGCGGAAGUAUGUCGAUGGGUGUGCAAUCUUCUUCAGGGCCUCAAAAUUCACCUUGAUCAAGGAGCACUUGAUCGAAUUUAACCAGCUGGCGAUGGCCAAUGCAGAGGGAUCGGAUAACAUGCUGAACCGUGUGAUGCCCAAGGACAACAUUGGUCUGGCCGCUCUGCUCAAGGUGAAGGAGAAUGCCUGGGAGCCGAUGUCCGAGGUGACACAGAUCUCACAGCCGCUGCUCGUCUGCACGGCGCACAUCCACUGGGAUCCGGAAUUUUGUGAUGUCAAGCUCAUCCAGACGAUGAUGCUCAGCAAUGAGCUCAAGACGAUAAUUGACGAGGCCUCGCACAGCUUCAGACCGGGACACAAGAACGACUCGAACAGUGUUCAGCUACUGCUCUGCGGCGACUUCAAUUCGCUACCCGACUCCGGGGUGGUUGAGUAUCUGGGCAAGGGACGGGUCUCCAUGGACCAUCUGGACUUUAAGGACAUGGGCUACAAGUCGUGCCUGCAGCGCCUGCUUUCGAACGACACCAACGAGUUCACGCAUUCCUUCAAACUGGCCUCCGCGUACAGCGAAGAUAUCAUGCCGCACACUAACUACACGUUCGAUUUCAAAGGCAUCAUCGACUACAUAUUCUAUACGAAGACGGGAAUGGUGCCUCUGGGUCUGCUUGGGCCCGUCUCAAAUGAUUGGCUGCGCGAGAACAAGGUGGUGGGAUGUCCCCAUCCGCACAUACCCUCCGAUCAUUUUCCGCUGCUCGUUGAACUGGAGUUGAUGCACACGGCCAGCCAGGCGCCUCCCAACGGGCUGAUCAACAGACGGUAGCAAUAGAAUAGACGCGGCAGACCCACCAUGAUGACAACGACAACUACACGGACAGCAGCCACAGUCGGAGGAGUAGCAAGUGGGAGCAGUGGUAGUGGUGGUGGUGUCGCCGGCGUCGUCAACAGCAACAGUGCGGUAAAUAAUAUCCACGGCAGCAGUUACAGGGGACGCAGCAACAGUGGCAGCGGCAGCCACAGCCACAGUCACAGUCACAGCCACAGCCAUCGCAUAGUGGCACAAAGAAAGGUACCUCCUGUAACAGCAGCCGCACCAACUGACAAGCAGCCACCACCGCCAUGAAGAGAGACAACCAAUCCGCGAUCACCUGCCGCACCCACAAUUGACGUGGCGCUCUGUCCGCAACAAGAUUCAGUUUUAGUUAUGUACGUUAAAAAGAUUAGAUAACCCCAUACCCAUACCCAAGCCCCGAUCAUCCGAUCGCAAAAACCCAAUAAGUUAUAAGUUGACGACGUUGUAGAGGCCUCGCUCCUUUGUGCGCUGGUUCGCAAAGCGCGUUACCAAUGCAAUACAAAAAAAAGAAAACAAAAAAAUCAAAGUAUGAUAGUAGCUCGUAAUUGGAGGAAUUUAACUUACUUGCUGAUAAUCUUCUGACAACCGCGCCCCGCCCUCGCCUUUCUUUUUUGGUUUUAUCACAUUCACACACACACACACACACACACACACACACACACAUACACAUACACAUACACAUACACAUACACAAACACAUUUUUCCCAUCGAAUAAAUUACAUUUAAAGUUAUGAUCGAUCUGUGUACAUUGUUUAGUUCUUGUAACACCCGAAAAACCGAGCAUAAAUGUAAGCCAAAUGUUUCAUUUAACAGUCGUAGAUCGUAAGAGAAAAAGAGAGAGAGAGAGAGAGAGAGCUAAACACAAACAAAAAUAGCAAAAACAAACCUAAACUAUAAGUAAAAGGUAAAAAAAAAAAAACAUAAAAUAUUGUAAAAAAUUAAACAAGAAGGAAAAUAUGCAGAAUUAAUUAAUGGACCGUUUUUUGACAAAAGGUUUUAACCAAACGGAAGAAUAAUCAAAAUGGGAAAAAUGGACAAAGUAAACCCUACUAUAUAGAGAUACAAGAUAUGCAAGAUUAUGUGUAUAGAUAUACUUAUUGGGCCAUCCCACAACCAAGAAACCCAAUUCCUCAAUGUGUAUUGAAUGUAGAAACAAAACAGCGAUCCCGAGCAUACCUCUACUUUUUGUGUGUGUUUGCUUAAACGUCCACAUAUUGUAGACCUGAAGAGAGCUGGUAGCUACUUUUAAGUAGAUAUAUGUACAUACAAUACUAUAACGUUAAUCCAUAAGUGUCGUGUGUGGUAUGGGAUAAAUGUCUACCUAUAGAAUCAAUCAAUCAACCAAGCCCCAUCUCCAUAAGUACCACUACCUACCAUAAACAAUGUAAAAUUCAAGCAUUCAACAACAAUUCAAUAUCAAAGUUUCAACAAAUAAUAUAACUAUAUGUAAAUCUGAUUGAUACGAGGCGCACAUGGGCAGGCCAUCUUCAUUCAGAGAAACCCCGCCCCCUCAUGCGUACAUACAUACGAAUAAAACCAAGAAUCAAAUGUAUAA